GUAGAAAAUAGUUUUGAUGGGUUUAGUGUGACAGAGAAUCUAUAAGGAUAAAGGUCCAAUAAGCUUGUCUGCCACGUGCAUGACUCAUUCUAAACUGCUCCAUGUCAGUCUCACGUUGAUCACAGUGCCGAGAGGGCUUGUUGUCGUUGAAGUUGCUCCAUCUCGGUCUCGCGUUUAUCAGAAUGCCGAUGAGGGCUUGCUGUCGCCGAAGUUGUUCCAUAUUGGUCUCGCGUUUAUCAGAAUGCCGAUGAGGGCUUGCUGUCGUUGAAGUUGCUCUAUCUCGGUCUCGCAUUUAUCAGAAUGCCGAUGAGAGCUUCCUCCUGUCGAACUCGACAGCGAAACCCUAGGAUGUCAUUGAGGAGUUGAGCGUGUGGUCGUUGAUGGUUAAUUUGACGGUAGCGCAGGCCAAAGCCUCGAAAAUUUAUAUAAUAAUCGCAACACCAAUGAUUAAUUGACAAUCAUUGCAACAAUACUACAAUGUCUUCAUCUUAUAAACCAUUGGCAGGGAAGGUCGCCAUCGUCACGGGCUCAAGCCGUGGUAUUGGUGCUUCCAUCGCUUUGAAGUUAGCUGCUUUCGGUGCAGAUGUUGUGAUCAACUACGUUUCAUCCGAAUCUGCUGCCGAAAAGGUAGCAGCACAAGCUCGAGAACUGGGCGUACGAUCUAUCUGCAUCCGUGCAGAUGUAAGCAAAAGGGACGAAAUCAGACAGCUUUUCAGUCGUGCAACUGCAGAGCUCGGCCAAAUUGAUAUCAUCAUGAGCAACUCCGGCAUCGAGCAUUUUGGGGCUUUAGAAGAUGUCAGCGAGGCCGAUAUCGACAAGGUACUGUCUGUCAAUGUCAAGGCACAGUUUUUCGUUGCCCAAGAGGCGCAUAAGUAUCUAAAAGAUGGUGGGCGACUGAUUCUGAUCUCGUCCAUUUCUGCAGUUUGGGGCGUGCCUCGUCAUGCACUAUACUCAGCUUCCAAGGCCGCGAUUACUGGUAUGGUCAAAUGCCUGGCCCACGACUUUGGACAUCGAAAUAUCACAGUCAACUGCAUCGCACCCGGUGGUAUCAAAUCCGAUAUGUAUGCGGAAGCUGCGAAAGACUAUCUUCCCGGCGGGGCGAACAUGACUAUUGAAGAGAUUGAUGAGAAAAUUGGUUCUAUGAGCCCUUUCAAGAGACCUGGAUAUCCUGAAGAUAUCGCUGGAUUCGUGGCACUCAUCUCAUCACCUGAGUCGCAAUGGAUGACGGGCCAGACAUUCCACGUCGGAGGAGGUGCACAUAUGGCAACAUCUUAAACAGAUAGUUAUGUAAUAGUCGCGUUUAUGGUUGAUGAAGCAAUCAAAGUAUCGAUUUGUUUCGUAGCUUGCUUCUAUAAACUAGUAGGAAUAUAGCAUACAUGUUCUCCACAGCUGAUUUUAUAAUCAAUUAAAAUCCCAAACACAAGUAGAUUCAUUUUUAUUAAACUUCAAUUGAAAUUAAAUAAAAUAUUAGAUGAUAUCGAAGAAAAAUAAAUGGAUUCA